UAAUAAUAAUAAUUAAGAAAUUGCGCCGAAAAUUUAAUUUACCGCAAAAUAUCCCAAAAUAAGAGAAAUUACCCAAAGGGGUAGAAAUAUUUGCGCGCCCGCCCCUGCACGAAAAAAGCGGACAUACGUUUUUCCCGCCUUUCGAAAUGCCGUCGGCAAAAUGAUGAAUGCAAAAGAGUUGCAAAUAAGUGAAAUAAAUCCCAAAACCAAUCAACAAAUGUGCCAAAUUGUUAACAAAAAAUAAUUCAAGUUUAAAGAGAGAGUGUGCGCAAAAAUGUGGUCCCACUGAGGCCGCCCAGCCCCACAGUCCCACGUGAAGAGAUCAGAUCAGAUCCGAUCCGAUCCCCCUUAACGAUCCAGAACAUGACCGAAUACGUGACGCCGAAUAUCAGCAGCGUGCUGAAGAAAUACCAGACGAGUGCCACAAAGAGUCUCCAAGGACCCGGCCAUGCCCUUGCCGUGGCAGCAGCAGCUGCGGUAGCAGCAGCAGGGGUCGGCGGCUGUCCUUCCCUGGAGGUGGCCUCCACCAAUGGAGGCGGAAUCCGCAGCGAGAGUCCAACCUGCGGGGGCAAGGUGCAGCAGUCGCCUUCACCCGGAAUUCCAAUCAUCAAAAAGGAGAUACUCAGCUCCCCGGAGCCGCACGAGUUGCAGCACCACCAUCGGGAGGCAGCAUCGCCUCAGAUCUAUGCCACGCCUGCCACUCCGCCGAGAGAGCUCUCGCAACCGAUCCUCUCUGUGGCCGAUGCGGGCUGUGGGGAGCUGUACGAGACCCGGCUGGAGGGCAAGACCAUUGGCUGCUUCUCGGUGGGCGGAGAGAUGCGACUGUGCCUGCCGCAGUUCCUCAACAAUGUCCUGAACGACUUCUCGCUGGAGCAGAUCAAUCGGAUCUUCGAUGAACUGGGGAUCUACUGCUCCCAGUGCACCCCUGAUCAGCUCGUGGAGUUCAAGGCCGCCGCGAUUCUGCCCUCCGAUGUGAAGGCCAGCGGAUUGAUAACGCGCACCGAUGCGGAGCGUCUCUGUGCCGCAUUGCUGCAUCGUUCCGAUCGCAACAGCUACAUCCCCAUCGAGAACCUGCCGAAGGGCGCCCUCAGCUUCCACGUGUACCACAAAUGUUUUGGCAAAUGCGAGGGGAUCUGCACACCGGAGAUGUACUCCUACCAGAAGCCCACGUGCAUCAAGUGCCUCGAGUGCGACGGAUGGUUCUCGCCCCAGAAGUUUGUGGGGCAUGUGCAUCGGAAGUUCGAGAACCAGACCUGCCACUGGGGCUUCGAUUCCCGCAACUGGCACGACUACCUUCACGUGGCGCUCGACGUGGAGAAUCGCGAAAAGUACCAGAUAAUCCUCGAUCAGCUCAAGGAAGUGGAACUCAAGGAAAUGCACAAGGCGCAACUCGAAAUGGAUCACAAGAAACGAAAGGCGGAAAUGCUCAUGGAUGAUGCGUCGCUGUUGGGGCCUCUUGGCUUGGGGGCGCCACAUGGCUUGGUGGGUGCACCGGUGGUUGUGCCUCUAGUGGCCGCCCAUCAUCAGGUGUCCCUCAAAGGGCAUCCACAGUUGGACAUUCCAGGAAAGAAGCUACUGAAGGUUGCUGGAGCGCCCGCCUUGGAUGCGUACCAUUACCAGAUCAUGUACGCCCACUGCGUGCAACAGCAGCAGCAGCGGGAGCGAGAGCAACAGCACCACCAGCAACAGCAGCAGCAGCAGCAGCAUCCACACCAGAGGGGAGUAUUGGUGGGGCAGCCGCAGCCACCGCCACCGCACCCACAUCCGCAUCAGCCGCCACAUCCCCACCAGCCGAUGAACUCGACGUCGGCAUUUCGGCCAUGGGGACCCACCACCCAGAAGGCCUUCCUGCACGCCUACAAUGCGACCCUCUCCUCCCUGCCGUACACCUGCCAGGAGCCGCCGGAGCUGCAGAAUCCCGAGCGCGUUGUCCGGAGCACGGACAAGCGGUACGCGGAGCGAACAUACCAGCCGAAUGUGGCGUUGGCGCCGCGCAAAACAAUACUCUCCAAGGAGCGGGACAAGGACAGAGACAGGGAGAGGGAGAGGGAGCGCGAGAGAUUGGAUCGUGAAAUGGAGCGCCAGAGGGUGCGGGAGAAGGAGCUGCAUCUGCACAUCAAGCAGGAGAGAGACGACAACACACCCACGCCCACGCCCACGACACCGCCAGCAGGAGAAACUGUGGAUGUGGUGGAGCCACCACUUGCCUCCUCCAGUGGCAGCAACUCCCCCAAGCCCCCGCCAGCACUAGCAGCAGCACCCGCACCACAUCCAACCCCAGCCACCAGACAUGUGCCCUUGCCACGCAGUCCGGAGGAGUUUUCCGCCGGCAGCAAUGAGAUUACCUCCUCCACAUCGCCCGUGCCACUGAAGCAGCCACAGCAGCAGCAGCAGCAUCCACACCCACAUCCCCAGCAGCAACAGAAUCCGCACCAACAGCAGCAGCAGCAUCAGCAGCAGCAGCACAUCAUUGCCACCGUCAAUCAGCAUGCGAAACUGUUGCCCAGCUCUAGUUCCAUUUCCAUAUUGAAUGGAACUUCAUCCACCAACGGAAGCAACGGAAGCCACAACGAACCAAGUCGAAUCAGGAUCAACAAGAACCUGAUGAGCCAGCCAGCGGACCCGCCACCACCUCUACCACAUCACAAUCUCCAUCACAGCCACCACUAUCCUGCCCUGGGACCACACCACAUGGCUGGGGCGCAGUCCUACUACAAGGCUGGCGCUGUAAUCGGUGGCUCCUCCCCCACACAGUCUUCCAGUGCGGGCCUGAACCUGAGUACCCACUCCUCGAAUGUGGUAAGCUCUCCGCACCAGCAGGCCACCAAGCAGCAGCAACAGCAGCAGGCGUUGCACCAUUCGAUACAGCAGCAGCAACAGGCAGGAGGAGUCCAUCUGCAGAAUGGGAAGCCCCAUUUGGGCAGCGAAUUCGAGCUCUCGACGGACACGGACGAUGACAGUCUCAAUGGCGAGCCUGAUAGCAGUGCCAUGCUGCCGCCCUGGGAGCAGGCCGUCGAGUACCUGCGAGAGACACGUCCCAGGGAUCGGGAGAGGGUGCUGCAGUUGCUCCAGAAGCUUCUGCACGAAAACCAACAGCUCCGCUACAAUAAUAUGCAGCUGAGCGAUCUGUUGCACAAGCAGGAUGCCCACAUAGCCGAUCUGACGGAGCAGUUGCAGCGGCAUCGCAGUCAGCUCGAGGAUAUGGACUGCAAGGUGGAGCUGAGGCGAGUGGUGCCAUUCAAGCAGCAGACCCAGCUGCUGGACGAGCAGGUGGACGAAGGCAGAGGCGAUGGCCAUGGCGAUGGCGAAGGCGAAGGCGAGGACGACGAGGAUCUAGAGGAGGAUCGGGCCAACAACAAUAACCAACAAGAACAGCAGCAGCAGCUGAUGAAACCGCAAGCCAAUGGCCUCCGAAGGAGUCCCACGCCCCUGAAUUGCUGCGGAGCAGAGCCCGAAGAGGAGGCGGAGGCCGAUUCGGAGGAACCUGCCACCAAAAGAGCAAAAAUGCAACCAGAAGAAGUGCCAGCCCAGUUGAAUGGAGAGACCAACAAGAUGAAUGGCAGUGCCAAGAGUCCUGCUCCCAGUCAAUCCGCUUCCAGCGACGACGAGGAUAUGGAGGACGAGGAUGACGAUGAAGAUCCCGAGGAGGAUUUGCAGGCGCCGCAUAGCAGUGGCACGCCGCCCACAGCCGCCACCACGCCACAAACGCAGGAGAGGCAUAUAAACUGCGGCAUAGAGUCUCCGCGCACCACAGAAUGCUUAGCCACCACGCCCAUUAGCCCUGAUUCAGCGGCAACUGCGGGACAGUUGUUCGAUAGCAGCAACAGCAGCGACGAGUCCUCGAUGAAGAAGGCCCAAAUGUCGGCCUGCCAUGCCUUGGCCAAGAUGAAUAACAACCACAAGGAUGAGACCGUAGAGGAUCGGCCACAGGAUGAUGAGGACUCCUCGGACGAUGAAAUGCCAUUGCAACAGCGCCAGCAGCAGCAGCAAAGACAACGCAAGCGAUGCUUCAGCAAAGGAACGGGAUCUGGAUCGACCUCUGCCUCAGAGGAAGAUGAGUCAGCGCCUCAAACCACCACCAUCCUCCUCCCAGCGACAGCACCUGCCUCAGCACCUGCCCCAGUUCAUCCACAUCCACCGCCGAUGGCCACCAAGGCGAGCAAGAAGCAGACGCCUCCAUCCCUGGGAGCACUACCCAUUAUCACAGCUCUUGUUGGAAGCACCGCUGCCACCACAAAGAACUGCGAGAUACAAAUCAAAAAGGAAAUAGCCUAGGGAACCCCAUCCUUCCAUCCUCAGAGCCCCUCCACUCCAUCAAAGGAUAUAGCGCAUAGCUUCCUCUCAAAG